AUGUCAGCAGUGCCAACUACAGAAGUGAACGAACUAGAGUCCAAAACUAAGGACCUAGACUUAAACAAUUCAUCCACCAAACCAGAUUCUACCAAAGCAGGUGGUUUAAAAUUGGAAGGUGCAGAAGGUGCAGAAGGUGCAGAAGGUGCAGAUGAUGAUGAAGGCCAAAAAGAAACUGGAGCAAAUGGAUCCUCUUCCUCCUCAGACAAGAAGAAGAAAAAGAAAAAGAGUAAUAAGAAGAAGAAGAAAUUAGUUGCUAUUGACCAAUCAUACCCAGAUGGUAUUUUCCCAGAAGGUGAAUGGAUGGAAUAUCCCUUGGAUUCAAACAAGCAUCGUAUAACAUCAGAAGAAUUGAGAUAUUUGGAUAGACAACAAAAUAACAAAUGGGAAGAUUUCAGAAAAGGUGCCGAGAUCCAUCGCCGUGUUCGUGCUAAAGCCAGAUCAUCAAUUAGACCCGGUAUGUCAAUGACUGAGAUUGCUGACUUGAUUGAAAAUUCAGUGAGAGCUUAUGCUAAUGCUGAUCAUACUAAAGAGGCAGGCAUUGGAUUUCCAACUGGCCUAUCAUUAAAUCACGUUGCUGCUCAUUAUACCCCAAAUACUGGAGAUAAGGUAGUUUUAGGCAAGGACGAUAUUAUGAAGGUUGAUAUUGGUGUACAUGUCAAUGGUCGUAUUUGUGAUUCUGCAUUCACCAUGACGUUCAAUGAAGAUGGCAAAUACGAUGCUAUAAUGCAAGCUGUUAAAGAAGCUACCAAUACUGGUGUCAAAGAAGCUGGUAUUGAUGUCAGAAUGAAUGAUAUUGGAGCUGCUAUCCAAGAAGUUAUGGAGAGUUAUGAAAUGGAAGAAAAGGGUAAAACUUACCCAAUCAAAUGUAUUCGUAACCUUAAUGGACACAACAUUGGUGACUAUGUAAUUCAUUAUGGUAAAAAUGUUCCCAUCAUAGCUAAUGGAGAUAAUACCAAAAUGGAGGAAGGUGAAACUUUUGCUGUUGAGACUUUCGGAUCUACUGGUAAGGGGUAUGUCUUACCCGAAGGAGAAUGUUCCCAUUAUGCAUUGAAUCAAGGUAUUGAUGGAAUCAGAGUACCUUCAGAAAGAUGUAAGUCAUUGUUAAACACUAUACAAGAAAAUUUCGGAACUUUGCCAUGGUGUAGAAGAUAUUUGGAACGUACUGGUGAAGAUAAAUACUUGUUGGCGUUGAAUCAAUUAGUCAGAGCUGGAAUUGUUGAGGCGUAUCCUCCCAUUGCUGACAAACUAGGUAGUUAUACUGCCCAAUUUGAGCAUACUAUAUUGUUACAUCCUCAUAAGAAGGAAGUCGUUACCCGUGGUGACGACUAUUAG